AUGCCUGUCGUGCCCCGUAGCUGGCUUGCCGCUGCCACCCUCGUCGUCAUCACCACGUUCCAGACCCCUGCUAGACCGUAUGCGUCCUGGCAGCCGGAACGCUAUAAGAUUCCCGUGAUCGAAAAUCUAGGCGCAACCUUAGACCAGUUCGAUGCGAUCGAUUUUUCUGACAACGAAAUCAGGAAAUUGGAUGGUUUCCCUCUGUUAAGAAGACUCAAGACGUUGUUGGUGAACAACAACAGGAUAUGCCGCAUCGGCGAGGGGCUCGACCAGGCCCUGCCCUGCCUCACAGACCUGAUCCUCACCAACAAUAGCCUCGUGGAGCUGGGCGACCUGGACCCUCUGGCAGCUCUCAAAUCGCUGACGUAUCUGAGCAUUCUGAGAAACCCCGUGACCAAUAAGAAGCAUUACAGACUGUAUGUCAUUUACAAAGUGCCACAGAUCAGGGUGCUGGAUUUCCAGAAGGUCAAGCUGAAGGAGCGUCAGGAAGCAGAGAAAAUGUUCAAGGGCAAACGGGGUGCACAGCUUGCAAAGGAUAUUGCCAGGAGAACCAAAACUUUCAGCCCAGGUGCCGGUUUGCCGAGUGACAAAAAGAAAGGUGGCCCAUCCGCGGGGGACGUGGAAGCCAUCAAGAACGCCAUCGCGAGCGCGUCCACCCUGGCCGAAGUGGAGCGGCUGAAGGGCCUGCUGCAGUCCGGCCAGAUUCCCGGCCGAGAGCGCAGACCAGGCCCCGCAGACGACGGCGAAGAGGAGAUGGAGGAGGACACGGUCACGAACGGGUCCUGAGCCGCCGCGGGGUGCGCGCCGCGCCCACGUGGACAAGCCCCGCUUUGCGAAUGUGGGGCGAUCGCUCCGUUGGUCUCAGCAGAGAGUUCGCGGCGGCAUCGAAGUGCCCGCCGCCGCCGCUGCUGAUUUUUGUGACGUACGUUUUGAAAUCCGAAUGCCAGUUUUCUACAAACGGCGAAAUAAAGGGCGCUCACUGUGCCGCCA